CUGAGCUGUGCUUUGGCUGUAACUUCUUGUUGUGUUCUUUCCCUCCCGUGAGAAAUACAAGUUAAUAGCAGAGGUGCUGCUGACACACAGGGCUUUGCAGCAGGCAAAAGAAAAGCAACUGGGCCUCUUCAUACUCACUUGUGGAAACUCCAUCAUGGCAGAGAGUGCUACAGGAAAGAAUAGCAGCAACAACUGGUGGAAAUCACUGACUGUUCGCAAAAAGCCUAAGGAGGUUUCUGUCUAUCAUGCUUCUGAAGGUUCUGAGGACAGAUCUUGGGCAGUUACUAGUGGAUCUUUAAGUUCUUCGGCUGAGCAUAGAGAAAACCAACCCCCUAAUUCAAUGCCUAGUGGAGUCACUGAAUAUAAUAGUGAUGCCAAGUCAGAUAAGUCAAAUGGAGCAAAUACUGGAAGACGGAACCUCAAGAUAUCUCGUUCUGGACGUUUUAAGGAGAAAAGGAAAGUCCGUGCCACUCUACCAGAAAGCUCCAAGUUCUUUCAGGAGAGCCCAUCAUCUCACACAAAUGAUGAGAGACAAUGAAGGCUUUAGUUUGUAUUUACAGUGUAACCAGAGUACAAUCCCACAUACCAUCAUACCAUUUUACUUUAUGUCAAAUCUCACUGGAAAAUGACACCUUGCAAUGUGUCAUGGUGGCUUAUUGCAAUUCAAUAUUUGGAUUGGCUCACAUGGUGUCACGGGACACAAUUUCAUUUUUGUUGAUCCGUACAAAGAUACAUUUAAUAGUGUCUGUUUCCAGGACAAAUGGUUAGAUUCACAGGAUGUGGUGAACGGUUAAUUGUAUUUGUCUGUUGAAAGCACAUUUCUCUGUGAAGAGAGAACUUUAUGUAAAAUCAACAAAAAACAGAUGUUUCUUUAAAUGCAUCUUUAAAAACAUAUGAAGUUAAGGUUUGUAUUAGCUAACUGGUACUAAGGUUUAGCAUGAUAUCAUUGCUAUUGAAUUACUGGUGAUUAAAAUAAGUCACCAUUUGGUUGUAAUAACAUGCUAGAUCUACUAGCAGUAUGCUUCUAUAACCCCUGAAUGUAUACAGCAAAAAUAUUAAAAAUAAAUGUGUCAAGUUGCGCAGCUAUUGGCAAUAUUUAUGAUUGAAGUAUACGUUAAAUAUUUAUUUGCUAAAGUAAGAAGAAACUUUUAGUUAUAGUGAUAUAUUUUUUUACAUUCUAAUACAAUUGAAAUUACUUUUGAAGGAGAAUAAAGACCUAAGGGCCUUAUUUAGAGAUGGACGCAGCUGCUGCGUUCGCAUGCAGUGGCCACGUCCAUAGGGUCUGCACAGGUGCAGCGGCCAUAGUACGUGUGCGCAACCCUACACCGUGCAAGUGCAUCUCGGAAGGAUGUAAUCGUACGGUGAUUGACAGGUGAUGGGCUUCUGGGGGCGGCGACGUGGCAUUAUGGGGGGGGGGAUAUAAAAAUGUAGGCCUAUGACGUUGCCUGCAUUUCCUGCAUAUGGAAACAUGGCGGCUGUGCCCCUGCCUAGGCAGGGGUCGCCCUCUAUUCGAUGCAUUUGCAAUUAAAUUGCGACUGCAUUGCAGGGUGGUGCCACACAUGCUGGGCGGCCUUGCAUUGUUCCGGGGCGGUCCUCAUCAUGUGAGUAUAUGGUCACAGAUUUUGUUACGAGAGCAAAAUCUAGCAACCAACCCUGACUAGCCCCCUAAGCCCUGUAUGUGCCUUUAUUGGGGAAGGCAGGUGAUGUCACUGCUUUGAAGAGCCGUUGGGCAGAUUAAUUUUGUUCUGAUUUAGAACUUUUAUUAAGAAUCACUCUCCUCAAAUACACUUUGAGCUGGAAUAUGUUCGUAGUCUUCUAGUUGUGUAAUUAGGGAGGGGCUGCUUUUGUAUAUUUAGAGGGGGAAAAAAGUUUGAUCAAAUAUUUUGUAAUUGGCAUUCAUUUAUGAAUGUGGAUACUGCAAUGCAAAUGUUUUUCUUGAUAUGAAGAAAUAAAAUAAAAUAACAAACAAAA